AUGGCGAAAGAUAAGUCGGGCGCCGCCAAACAGGCCGCGAAAGCUGAGCGCAAGGCCGAGCGAAAAGCCGCAAAACAGGCCCGCAAAGCUGAAAAAGUCGCAAAGAAACAAGCUGCUGCGACAGGGAAAGCCGGUGGAGCUGGCCCCACCGGAGUGACAAAAACAAAAGGAGAGAACAAGGAGAAAAAGGCGGCGAGGAAGGUGCUGGCGGAGAAGGCCUUGAAUGAGCUCGAAGGCAAAGGCAACAAGAAGAACAAGGCGGAAGUGGAGGACGAGGACGAGGACGAGGAAAGCAGUGAGGAAGAAGACGACGACGACGACGAGAUGCAGGAGCAAAAUGGUGUGAAAGUCGACGAUGAGGAAGGAGAGGAUGAAGACGAGGAAGAGGAAGAGGGAGAGCAGUCGAAAAAGGCAACAAUAGACUCAGAAAAGAAGAAGAUCCUCGCUGCACGACCCGUGGGAGCUUUGGUGCCCUUUGCGAACCCAUUGGCAGACGACAAGGUCGCUAAGAAGGUGUUUAAAUGCGUCAAAAAAGCCGCCUCGCAACGUACGUUAAGACGCGGCGUCAAAGAAGUCGUCAAAGCGCUCCGAAAAUCCCCAACUUCCUCGACCGCCGAAAAACUCCCUCUCGGCGUCGUCAUCCUCGCAGCUGACAUCUCUCCCAUGGACGUCAUCUCUCACAUCCCCGUCUUGGCCGAAGACCACAACGUCCCCUACAUCUACGUAACGAGUCGUGCGGAGUUGGGCACCGCAGGCCAGACGAAGCGGCCGACCAGCGUCGUGAUGGUCAGCAGGGACGCCGGUGGGAAGAAAGGAGGGAAAGACGUCAGCAAAAAGACCCUCGAGGAAGGCGAUGAUAAGGAGAGCUGGGAAGACACGUACAAGAGCCUUGUCAAAGCGGUGGAACGAGAGGGGAGGCAUGUCAAGAUCUGA